AUGAACGAUGCGACAACCUCCUUGCUCACUGAGCACUUCAGCUACACCCCCUUGGUGAGUGUCCCCUCGGCAUUGAGAUUGCAGGUGCAGCUGCACGAGUCGGAGAAUCCACCCUUGAAAGAAAAUCGGCCGGCUGACCAGCUCCCCCAGUCUCUCAUAGAUGACAUUAUCAACUCGAUCAACAACCUGAUCUACCAAGCGAUCUCCAGUCUCGAGUCGGGGCUGCUUGCUACACCUCCAGAACGUCUAGGGUUUGCUCACGACACCAAUGGGGCUGUCAUUCACGAGGCCGACGAGGAUGGCAACAUCAUAUACCCGGAAGCGAAGCUGGAGAUUGAGAAUGGUCUGCACCAGCUAGAGACUCUCCUUGAAGCAAAUGUCGACAAGGCAUUUGACAAGUUCGAAAUUUAUGUCCUGAGAAACAUCCUCACCGUGCCUGAGGAUCUGCUUUCGUGGGUUAAGCUCAAGCAUUACGAGGGCCUCUCAUUUGACUCUUCUCCAAAUACGCCCACACCCGAAACGAUCCAGGCGCAGCGCAAGAAGCUUCUCGAAACCAGAAAGCUCAACCGUUCUUUGCAGGACGAGCGGGCGCGCAACGAUGCGGUCAUUUCACAGCUCAAAUCCAUUCUUUCAACCGUCGAGUCCUCCAAACCCGACGACGCCGAACCACCUAAAGCGACCGACACCCUGGAUCUUUCUUUCUUGACCUCUAACCCGGCAGCACGCCAGCUCCGCGUAGGCGUCGACGCGGGAUCGAAAUCCAAACACGCUCCAUUGACGACCAACACGGCCUUUAUUUUGUCGCAACUCCCGGCCUUACAAGCGACGCUGACGCAAAUUCGUCCCAAGCUAGCUGCUCUGCCGGGCUCGGCGGAACAAAUGGAGGCCAAGACCAAGCGCGAUGAGCGGAAGGAAUACAUCGAGAGCCGGAUCAGACUACACCUCGAGCGAGCCGGACAAUUGACCAUGGGUGACGAUGGCAACCCAGUUGUUGCGGGUCGUCGGAUCGACAUUUCCGAGGCGCAUGCUCUGGAGAAUGUUGCGAGCAUGCUGACUCAGGACAAGUCAGCCUAA